UGAAGUUAAAUUUUUUGCUCAUUGAUAUAUUUUCAUAUUGUAUAAUUGGAAUUAGAGCAUUUUAGUGUUUAAGGCAUUUAUUGACAUAUUUAUAGAACUCAAUACUGUGCAUAUUAUUUAUUAAUAAUAAAUAUUUAUUUGGUACAAGUUUAACUUCUGAAAUGCAUCACCAACAUCGUUCUUCAAAUGCUCCUUCGGAACAUGAUACAUCACUUGUAUCAUCUUUAGAUGUGUCAUCACAUACAUAUUUUAACCCUCAAUCAGAGUUUACAAGUUCAACUUCUGAAAUGCAUCACCGACACCGUUCUUCAAAUGCUCCUUCGGAACAUGAUACAUCACUUGUAUCAUCUUUAGAUGUGUCAUCAGAUACAUUUAAGAACUUUCAAUCAGAAGAUAUUUGCAGAGAACCUGAUGACAGUUUAUUGACAAAUAUUGCUCCUGAAACAAAUGCGGACUCGAUUGUUGAUUCUUUAAAUGUUAAUGCUAUCCAAAUUUCUAAUCCACCUAUAACACCUUCGAGUAGUUAUCAAUCUUCCGGGUUUCUUUCUCAUAGAACCCAGCGGAGCUUUGGCAGUAUUCAGGCGACUGAGUUAGAGGACAUCUGCAUUUACUCUGCUUUAAGGAAGAUGAUAGAAUUUUGA